AUGAUUGUACCGGGAUGUCAAGCUGCUGCUUGCCCACUUGCCCAUGGGGCCGACCCGAAUGCUGUGGCGUCCCUAGCAGAAAUGAAUUCGAUGCUUCAUUUAGCAUGCCUACAUUAUCAACCCAAAAUUGUGCAGGCAUUGCUCGAAGCGGGAGGAGACCCCAAUGCAAAAGACGUUAGCGGCCGCACCCCCUGGCGUAUGCUAUUCGAACGAUACAAGCCGAAGUCAAGUGAUCGGGAUACUCUGCUUGAUGUUCUUCUUGCAGACUCAAGAGUCAAUAUUGAUGAGCGAGACAAUGAUGGUCGUACGCUACUGGGAAUUGCUGCAAGUUGUAGAUGCAAGGUAUCGGUCGUUCUGAAAUUCGCUAAGAAGGUUGUUCGCAUGCCAGACGAGGUCGAUAUCAAUUCUCAAGACAACCAGGGGAUAACACCGCUUUGUCGCUCCAUCGCUAUCAACAAUUAUGAUAUAACUCGUCUCAUCCCAGCGCAGAACAGGCUUGAUCCCAAUCUCGGACCAAGGGAUGCUUUUCCAUUAUUGAUUGCUGUUGGUCUUAAUCAGCAACAGACAGUGGAACAUUUGCUAGAUUCGAAGCGACUCGACGUCAACAAGCAAACUAGCCAAGGGAAAACUGCUCUGUCAAAAGCCCUUAAUGUGGGCAAUAGGGAAGUCAUCAAGAUGCUUGCUAAAGCUGGUGCCAAUCCGGAUAUUGGAAUGAGCGAGGGGAAAACACCUCGGCAGCAGGCGUUGGCAGCAGGUAUUCGUGUCAAAUGGAAGACUCGCCCGGUAUAA